AACACAAUUCGAGAGAGAGAGUUUUUCACGGAACCAAUUGAGAAAAUCAAAUUAGCUGUGAUCGCAGUUUGAACUCGAGGGGAUUUCGGUCAGUCGUUGAAUGCGUCUCUUUCAAGAGUGCCAGUCGAUACGCAAAAAAUACUCGUAAAAUGUCAAACAAAGACUGCAGUUUUUUGCCCCUACUGCCAUUGGCUAUUUGGACUUGUUGCUGUUUGCGGCAAGCGGCAGUUGGUCUAGAGAAUGGUCUGGCACGAACACCGCCCAUGGGCUGGAUGCCAUUCGAGCGAUUUCGCUGCGUGACCGACUGUGUUCAGUUCCCUAACGAUUGCAUCAGUGAGGCUCUAUUCAAGCGAACGGCAGACCUCUUAGUCUCGGAGGGAUAUGGAGCACUUGGCUACGAGUAUCUGAUAAUCGACGAUUGCUGGAUGGAGCCAAAUCGCGAUGCAGUCACUCAAAAGCUGGUUCCACAUCGGACUCGAUUUCCCGGCGGAAUGAAAGCGCUCUCCAACUACAUACACGAUAAAGGUCUAAAGUUCGGCCUCUAUCACGACAUUGGCGAAAGGACGUGUAUGAGCUUAGGACCUGGUGCCUUUGGACACUUUGCACUCGAUGCACAGACAUUUGCCGACUGGGGCGUGGACUAUGUAAAGCUUGAUGGCUGCUAUGCCGACCAUAUGGACUUCGAUUUAGCCUACCCAGAAUUCGGCUGGGCGUUAAACAAAACAGGUCGACCCAUGGUCUACUCCUGCAGCUGGCCAUUCUACAUAAACAAACCCAACUAUGAGCGCAUCAAGAAGCAUUGCAAUCUCUGGAGGUUCGCUGAGGAUGUGCGAGAUUCGCACAGAUCAAUCUUUCGCAUCAUGCAGAAAUAUUACACUCAACAGCACACUCUAGUUCAGUCUGGCGGACCUGGACACUGGAAUGAUCCUGACAUGCUGGUUCUUGGCAACUAUUUGAUGAGCUACGAUGCUAGUCGUCUGCAAUUGGCCAUGUGGGCUGUCUUGGCAGCUCCUCUAAUAAUGUCGAAUGACCUGCAAACGGUGCGUCCAGAGAUCAAGAAGCUGCUACAGAAUCGAGCUAUAAUUGAAGUCGAUCAGGAUCCUCUGGGCAUUCCGGGCGAAUCCGUUUACACUUUGGGCAACCUACAGGUCUGGCGGCGACCCAUUCAACCGAUUAACAACUUGGGUCUGCACUCCUAUGCUCUGGCCUUUGUGGUCCUUGGAGACUAUUUUCCCUGUCCAUUGUGUCCUCAGACAUUUGAAGUUGUGCUGGAAAAGUUGGGACUCAAUAACAUUAUGGGUUACUCGGUUCAUGAUCUGUUCAACAUCAGUGAUGAACUGGGCAUAUAUAAAGCCAAUGAUAAGUUUCAGACUCGCAUCAAUCCACAGGGAGUCACAUUUUACAAGUUUAAAGCACAAGAUUUCUAUUGAGCAAUCGCAACAAAAGAAUAUUAAAAUAUAUGAAUCAAAUUG